AUGCCCCAGCCGUUGUCUGCAGGCUCGUCUUCGCUGUCGUCUGCGUCCUCUCCCCCUCUCGCAUCACCGGAGACCGCAUCUGCGUUCCCAGCACUCGGCCCCGCCGACCUCCUCGAGGCCCUCGCAGACCCCACCGCCCUCAUCGUCGACAUCCGCCCGUUCAAUGCAUAUGCGACAGCCCGCAUACGCGGGUCGCUUUCCCUCUCCGUGCCGUCGACGCUGCUCAAGCGGCCCACCUACGCGCUCGCGCGGCUCGCGCCCAUGAUUUCGUCCACGUCCGCCCGCGCUCGCUUCGCGACCUGGCGGGAUUCGUCGCGCAUCAUCGUCCACGACGCCGACGCAGGCGGUCUCCUCGAGCGGCCGGCCCUGCUCGGGCUCCUGCGCAAGUUCCGCGCGGAGGGCUUUGACGAGCGCCGGCAGGUCGCAUGGAUCAAGGGCGGGUUCAACUCUGUAUGGCGGGAGCGGCCAGAUCUGCUUGAUCACUCGCCGCUGCCCGAGGAGGCGGAGGAGGAGGACGACGUUGCAGAGCUCGCCCCGCCCUCGAUGGCCAUCACUGAUAAUGCUUCCGUCCACGCGCUGCCGGAGAUGGCAAAGAGCUCAAGUGCACCCGCGACAACAGCGACGUUCAAGGCACUACGCACCAAGGCACUGCCGAUGAGCGCGUUCACGAGGCUGGAACCGUCAGCGUCACGCGGAGCAGGACCAUCGCUGCUCGCGGCACGCGCAUCCAAGUCGCACAAUCCGAUGGAUCCGCAGGCCACACCGUCCGCGUUCAACCUCCGUCUGCCCGCAUUUUCGAGUGCGCCUGGCACGGUGCGCGCACAAACCGCGCAGACCACACACCCAUUCCCCCCAGUCGCAGGCACAAGUAUCAUGCCUACGCUCAGUGCGAGCUCUGCAAGCCCGGUUGCCUUCUCGACGACAGUGGGUGGGAUGCGGCCACAUCGGCAUUCCGUACCGCACGGCAGACCGGUCGCGUUUAACGCGUUCUUUGACGCGAUCCGGCAGAACCUCGAGCUCGCGCACAGGACGGAACCAGCCGGCGAGGGAGGGCGCGGAGCAGGCAUUGCGCUGCGCCUCCCACGACGCGUGAGGAGGCGCGUUGGGGAUCUGCCGUUUGACUGGCUCCGGGAGAUCGCGCGCCGCAGUGGGCGUGCGAGCGAGAGUAGUAGUGAAAGCGAGAGUGAGGAGGAGGAGGAGGGAUCUCAGCAGGACGGCGUGACCUUCCCCGCGCCCAGAGAGACGAGACCUGGUCCGCCGGCGGCGCCCACCAAGCGCAAGCCCACACCGCUCGCAGACGACGCGGCGGAUUCAGCCGAUGAGGACGCGAUGUCCGUGUCGAGCCAGAGCCCGCCGAGCGCAGAGGACCUGGCGCGCGAGCUGGAGCUGCAGUUCUACAGGAUCGAGCUUGGCGAGCAGCGCAGGCUGAUGGGGGUCAUGGAGCACCACAGCUUGGAGAGCCAGCCGGGCACGGGCGACGUGGGCGCGGGCGCCGCGGGCGUCGUGCCUGUCGUCUCGGGAGACCCAGGAGAGAAGGCGAUGGAGGAGGAAGACUUCCCGUUCAGUAUCACUGCGGGGUUGGAGAAGGGGAACAAGAAUCGAUAUCGGAAUAUAUGGCCGUUCGAACAUGCGCGUGUCCGCCUGCGCAAAGCGCGUCCCGAUGACGACGACUAUAUGAACGCGAGUUAUGUGCAGCCUUUGGGCACGAAGAAGCGCUAUAUCGCGACGCAGGGCCCGUUGGCCGCGACGUACAACGACUUCUGGACGCUUUGUUGGGAACAGAACGUUCACGUGAUUGUCAUGCUUACCCGCGAGAUCGAGGGAAACACUGUUAAGUGUGGCAAGUAUUGGACGGAAGGCGAAUACGGCCCGCUUCGACUCCAGCUGCUCGCGACGGACGAUACCCCCGAGCGCGAGCGCCGGCGCCGCGAGAAGGAGACGAACGGCGGGUUCUUCUCCGCACACGUGCCGCCGCCGCCGAAGUCCACGCGCAAGUCGAGGCGGCAGCAGAAAGCAGGCAGCGACUCAGACAGCGAGCGUGAUAUCGUGCGUAGGGUGUUCAAGCUCACGCAUACGGGCUACCCGCAAGCGAAGCCGCGCGUUGUCACGCAGCUGCAGUACCUCGCCUGGCCGGACUUCAACGUCCCGGAGGACCCCCGCGGGCUGCUCGGCUUGAUUCGUGAAGUGGAGGAGGCGGCGGCGCGGUCUCACAAGGCGGGCGAUAAGACAUGGGGCGAGGGCCCGAUGCAUCCUGGACCCUGGCCUUCGCGAAUGUCAAUCCCGACACCGUCGCCACCGAAGGAGCACGCCCAGCCGGCUGACGUGCCCCUGGACGACAAUGACGUCGACCCGUUGACAGGAGUCUCGCGACGCGUUGUCGACAACCCGCCUGUCCUGCUCCACUGCUCUGCUGGUGUCGGACGCACCGGCGGGUACAUCGCCGUGGACGCUCUUCGCACGCAGAAGGAGCAGGUGCGCGCGUCGCCCGAUCGGAUGGACGUCGACACCAGCCCAAGCGCUGAGAGCCCGUCUGCGUCUGGCGAAGGCGCUGGGAAGAGUCGGUCGCGCGCUUCGCCGCCUGUGCCGGAGCUGACGGUGCACGUUCGCGUUGCGGGAUUCACGGAAUCGAUGGACGUCGACGGCGAACGUAAGCGGGAGCCGGGCGCGUCGAGUGGGAAGGGCAAGCCUGCGCGCAAGGAGGUGCCCCGCACGGUGGUGCCCGCGUCGUCCGAGCUCGUGAACGAAGUGCGGCGCGCUACCAUGCUGAGGUGGCCGUCGGUGUCGACGAGCACGAGCGGCGAUACUGCGCCGGUAGCCGGGAAGGACUGGGAAUCGAGCAGCUCGGAAUCUUCGCAGAUCCCGUCCAGACCAACCACACUCUCAGCGACUCUGUCAGGGGAAUCAUCGGCGCCCUCGAGGUCCUGUCAUUCGAGCGCAAGUCCACCCUCCAGUCAUACGGGCAGCUCGACGAGCCUGUCGGCAGCGAUGGCGAAGCAGACUGCGCACAUGUCCUUGUCGCAGAAAGAGAAGGCUGAGCGUGAAGGAUCAACGCUUCCCAGGGACGUGGACCACCAGUUGCGACCCACCGAGCACGCUCGACACUCUCAGCGGCAGUCGGACGUGGAGACGCACGCUAGUCGCUUGGACACGUGGAGGUCAGAAGUGCGCCCGUCGGACUCACCUCCCAGUGCUGCCGUAUCCCGCUCGUCCAAGAGCCCGGACACGACUGUAGCCACGGGAGGGCAGGCGGAUGCGGAGGGUACUGGCCAGGGCGAGAGCUCGCAAUACCAGCGCGGGCGCGCCUUUGACUUCGCUCACCCUCGUCGCCUGCACACGGAUUUGUCGCCGCCUCUGGUCUCCACGUAUGACGAGCCCAUCCGCCGAGUGAUCGAAGACAUGCGCGAGCAACGCAUGAGUCUCUGCCAGAGCUUGCGCCAAUACGUCUUCGUGUAUCGCGCCGUGAUCGAGGGGACGUUGAUGAUUAUAGAUCAGGAGAGGGAGAAGGAGGAACUGGCUCGCUCGUCGCUGGAGGCAGCACAGGAGGCCAAGCCUAGUCGAGGACGCGUACCGGACCGCCAAGACGUCGAUAUGGAGGGACUGAUGUACUCACCAGAGACUGUUCCCUCCGCGAGCGCGGGUGCGUUGAGGGAGCGCGGCAUGGCGCGGACCCGCAAAAUCUCCGAUUACAUGCGCGAGGACGCCGCGAUCGAUGGACAUCACCUCGCCAUGUCGCCCGGCGGGAUGAAGCGCGGUGCGAGCCCGACGGAGUUGCCAAAGGAAGACGUGCAAGGCGAGGCGAUGCUCACGAAGCGGCCAAGCAUCAAGCGUACGGCGAGAAUGGACAUCGUCUGA